UCUUUACUCCGGCCUUGAAGCCCACGGGCGGCGCGGAAUAUCGUAGCAAACAAAAUGAUGGUUGGAGACGAAGGAAAACUGGCAGGAGAGGACGUCGGUGAAGAAGAACAGAUCGUGAAAGAGAUGGGACUGUACAAAGGGAAGGUGAGGAUAGUGAACUGUGAAGAGCCAGCAGAGGAGAUGAUGCUGCUAUGGGGAUUACAACAGCCAACUCUCUCAAAGCCCAACUCUUUUGCCAAACAGUCCUCCCUCCAGCUCCUCCUUGACUCAUGUGGCCGCUCUCUAUCCAUUCUUCAGUGCCCCUCUUCUUUGGGAACUCCUGGAGUAACUGGUUCGGUAAUGUGGGACAGUGGGGUUGUUCUUGGAAAGUUCAUAGAGCAUGCUGUGGAAUCAGGAGAAAUUUCGCUACAUGGGAAGAAAGUUGUUGAAUUAGGCUCUGGCUGUGGAUUGGUGGGGUGCAUUGCUGCUCUUUUGGGUGCUCAGGUUAUUCUUACUGAUCUCCCCGAUAGAUUGAGGUUACUGAAGAAAAAUGUUGCAGCGAAUUUGUAUGGAGAUGUAAAAGGUUCUGCAACAGUGAGUGAGCUUACAUGGGGAGAUGAACUCGAACCUGUUCUACAUGAUCCUUCCCCUGAUUACAUUUUGGGCUCGGAUGUCAUUUACAGUGAAGAAGCAGUGGUAGAUUUGUUGGAAACACUUGUAGACCUCUGUGGCUGUGAAACAACAAUUGUUUUAGCUGGCGAACUUAGAAAUGAUGCCAUCCUUGAAUACUUCUUGGAAGCAGUCUCAGAGGAGUUCAUUGUGGGGCGUGUUGAUCAGAUGCAGUGGCAUCCAGAUUUUCUCAGCCCGCGCGUUGUGAUUUACAUUUUAGUGAAGAAGUAGAAAUGCAGAAGGGUAAACGCUCGUUGCUUGGAUCUAUUUAAGCUGAGGUUCUCUUCCUAGCAUUGGAUUGGAACCAUUGGUGCCACCGCCAAUUCAAAUGUGGGGCCUGCUUGGCCACUCAAUGGAUUACUAAGAUUGACUAGGCACACUGCCAUAUGGCAGAACCUGCUUCUGAUAUAUUCACAGUUGUAAUUCUACCUGACACUUCACAAUCUUUCUUGGAGGUGUCUUGAGUUGUACUCCGUAAUUGUUUGGUUUAUAAUGGACAAAGUCUUCAUGCUUUGUGUUGUUUUGAAUGCAUAACUUAUGACCCUAC